CCCGACCUUGGAAGCAUUAGGUACAGGAGCUCCUGCCGCCGCCAACCACGUCGCAGCACCCGUCCGAGCCAUUGUCCCCAGAUCCCCUCUUCAGACCACUUUCUUCGAGAUAGUACCUUUCCACAAAAUGGCUGACCCCAUAGACAGCGCUCUCGACCUCCUCCGGCGCCUCAACCCCAAGGAUGUCAAGAAGAACGUCGAACACAUUAUCAGCCUAAACCCCGCGCUAGAAGAAGACCUUCUCGAAUCCGUCGAUAUCCCGCUCACCGAGAAGAAGUGCUCGAAGACGAAGCGCGAUUUCCUUUGCUGCGACUACAACCGCGAUGGUGAUAGCUGGAGGAGUCCGUGGAGCAACGAGUUCGAGCCGCCAAUCGAUGAUGGCGUGACACCAAGUGAGAGAAUUAGGAAGAUGGAGAUUAAGGCGAACGAGGCGUUUGACGUAUAUCGGGAGCUGUACUUUGAGGGCGGCAUUUCAAGUGUCUACCUCUGGGACAUGGAUGAUGGGUUCGCAGGCUGUGUUUUGCUCAAGAAGGCCGUCAACCCCACACAACGCAGCUCUGGCAGCUGGGACAGCAUCCACGUCUUCGACGCGCAGGACCGUGCCCGUACCGCCCAUUACAAGUUGACCUCGACCGUCAUUCUCUCCCUCGGCACCGACUCCGAAGCGCUCGGCGGUCUGGACCUGUCUGGUAACAUGGUUCGCCAAGUGGAGGCUGACAUGGCUGUUGAGGACGACACAUCACACGUCGCAAACAUUGGCAAGAUGGUUGAGGAUAUGGAGCUGAAGAUGCGUAACCUGCUGCAAGAGGUGUACUUCGGCAAGGCGAAGGAUGUUGUGGGUGAUCUCAGGAGCAUCCCGCCGCUGAGCCAGACAAACAAGGAUAGGGCGACACAAAGGGAGAUGAUUAACAGCAUGGGCAGAUAGACGUUCUCCAGCCAUACUGAUUUUGGGCUAUGUCAAAGACGUAAGCCCCGCGCUAGGCUCUAGAAUGCCAUUGGCGAGUUCAAGGCCAUACCUAAACUAUUCGAUUACGU